GCGAGGGAAUUUGUGAAUCAGAUUAACGACGCAUGCGAAUCACCUCUUGAUCUUGCGCUUUCCAACAGAAAUAUGCAAUUAGCGCACUCGUUCUUGAAUUAUGGUGCUGAUGUUGACCUCAUUUUCGGAAAGCCUGGAGACGAAAUUCCUUUGCUACAUCAUGCUCUUUACCGACGAGAUAUUGCUGCCGCUAAGUUUCUAAUGGAAAAUUCAUGCCUGACUAAUCGCGUUUUGUUAUUGCAGUUAAACAUUGUCGCUCCAUCUAAUGUCGGGAAAGGAAAGAACUUGCCGAGGAGAUCUGCUCUUCAUAUUAUUUCAGCUACUACGCUGCCCCAAUCAGAUAAAGACGAUGAAGAGGUCGAGCACUUAUUUGAUCUGAUCGCAUCUUUCAUUAUAAAAGGCGCGAAUUUAAAUCUCUUGGAUGAAUAUGACAAUACUACCUUUGAGGUUUACAAACAAGAUUGUCUUAGUGCUGUUAGUGGCAUUAUUAGUUUUCUGGAACAUAUGGCUACUCUGGACAUUUUGAGGAUACUUGGAGCUAGUACUUCAAACAGGCAGUUUUGGGAGAACAAGGAAGCAGAAUAUGCUGGUCCCAUUUCCGAAACGGAAAAUCCGAUUUAUUCGCCUGAUAGUCAGAGUGGGUAUACCUCCAAGGGUCAUUUGGCUGCAAAAGUAGUCGUCGUACGGAUCGUAUGCAAACUGAAGCUUGCAGAUAAGGAUGAAGGGCAAGAGCCUGAGACAGAAUUCGUAAUGAAGCAGCUCCAAGUAAAUGCGCCUACUUUUCUUGAGCAGAUUGGAUCUGAUGAGCCUGUAAUUCAGCUGAUAUGA